AUGCCUUUCGUCAUCGACCUCAAGGGACAGACCGUCGUCGUCACCGGCGGCAACCGUGGUAUCGGUCUUGCCAUGAGCGAAGCCGUGGCUGCUGCGGGCGCCAACGUGGCCAUCUUCUACCGCUCGCACCCCAAGGCGCAGGAGGCGGCCGAGCAGGUGGCCAAGAAGCACGGCGUCAAGGUCAAGGCGUACCAGUGCGACGUCGGCGACGCUGAGCUGGUCAAGAAGACCAUGAAGCAGGCGCAGGACGACCUGGGCCAGAUCACCGGCCUGCUCGCCAACGCCGGUGUCUCGGUGGUCAAGCCCGCCGUGGAGCUGACCUCGGAGGACUUCCGCUACGUCUACGACACCAACGUCCUCGGCGUCUUCAACUCGGCCAAGGCCGCCGCGCAGCUCUGGAUCGAGUCGGGCUUCAAGAAGGGCUCCAUCGUCAUCACCUCGUCCAUGUCGUCCGAGAUCUACAACCAGGAGGGCCUCAACAAGCCGCUCACCCAGGUCUUCUACAACUCGUCCAAGGGCGCUGUCACCAACCUCGGCAAGUGCCUCGCCGCCGAGUGGGCGCAGCACGGCAUCCGCGUCAACAUUCUCGAGCCUGGCUUCUGCAACACGGAGCAGACCUCGGGCAUGGACGCCAAGAUCCGCGACUUCCAGGCCUCCAGCAUCCCCCUCGGCAGGUUCUCGGAGCCCCACGAGCAGGCCGAGCCCGCCGUGCUGCUGCUUUCCGACAAGGCUUCCUACAUGACCGGCUCGGUCAUCCGUCCCGACGGCGGCUUCACCAUCUGGUAA